AAAAAGGCGGGAGCGUUCAGUUUACAAGUUACCGCUGUAGGAGUCACAUGUGUUUAUUGUGUUGUGAAAAAGUUACGAUAUUUUGUUCUUUCGUGUAAUUGAAUAAAGAUAAUUCAAAAUGGUUGCCCGGCCGAGAUCGCCUCACGGCGCGUUGAUACCACAGUUCUACGCGGGACGGUCGCUUUUUAUUACUGGAGCCACGGGGUUUAUGGGGAAGGUAUUAAUAGAACGUCUAUUAUCUACCUGUCCAGAUAUAGGCACCCUAUAUUUACUAAUGCGUCAAAAAAAGGGGGUAACUCCAGAAAAAAGGCUUCAACAGUUAAAGCAGUCACAGGUAUUCGAUAUACUUCGACAGACAAAUCCAACACAAUUGGAUAAGCUAAGUAUUAUACCUGGCGAUGUUGCUCAACCUAAUUUGGGGAUUUCCCCGGAAAGUUUGCGUUCGUUGCAUGAGGUGUCCGUAGUGUUCCAUUCUGCAGCAACACUGAAAUUUGACGAGGCGCUACACAAAGCGGUUGAACAAAAUGUCCUUUCUGUUAUACGAUUGAUGGACAUUUGUGAUACUUUGCCGAAUAUUGAGGUGUUGGUCCACGUAUCAACAGCGUACAGUAACCCAGAACACUCUUCGAUAGAGGAGCGAGUGUACACUCCUCCGGCGCCUUUAAAUCGAUUGUUGGCGCUAGUUGAAGCUGUUCCAGAGAAUCUGAUGCAGAAUAUUACUCCACAGUACAUACACCCAAAACCAAAUACUUACACAUUUACAAAAGCAAUGGCUGAAGAAGCAGUUCGCAGUCGAACAUCGAGGCAAUAUCCAGUUGCCAUUUUUAGACCUACUAUUGUGGUAUCAUCCCUCCGCCACCCAUUCCCCGGGUGGGUAGAGAACUUCAACGGCCCCAGCGGGGUAGCUGCAGCGGCCGGCAAGGGGCUGUUACACGUGUUCCGACGGGGCAACACGAUACGGGCAGAUUUGUUGCCCGUUGAUAUAGCCAUUGAUACCUUAAUGGCAGUCGCCUGGGAAACUGCUAUCGACAAACCAAAAACAGUAAAAGUAUACAACUGUAGCACAUGCGAGAAUCCAACUAGGUGGUCUGAUUUCGAGUUAUCUUUGCGUCGUUAUUUACCGAAAUAUCCACUUGAUGCUGCUCUGUGGUAUCCUUCCGGUGCUGGCGUUGAGAACAGAUACAUUCACAAAUUUCUCGAAUUCACUCUACAAACUAUACCAUUACAUUUAGCGGAAUAUAUUCUCAACACUUUGGGAGUGAAAAUGAGAAUAAGUCUAAUAACAGCUGAACAGAAAAUGCGCGCAAUGAACGAUGUCUUGACGUUUUUCGCGCUACGUGAAUGGCAAUUUCGCACAGAUAAUGUAAAGAGAUUGAGGAAUAGACUAACGCCACAAGAUAGAGAGAUAUAUAAUCUGGAUCCACAGACUAUAGACUGGGAUGAACAAUACAAAAACUUUAUAAUAGGCACACGGAAAUAUUUAUUAAAAGAGCCAGAUGAGAAUAUGCCAGAAGCUGCUCGCCAUAUGAACCGAUUAUAUUAUCUUCACAAAGGCGUGAUGGCAUUUUCAAUCGUAUUAUUCUUACGAUUGCUUCUACAAAAUAAAUUUAUAAGAGAAUUCGUGUACGCAACACUACGACUAUUGUUGUCUCUUUUCAACGACGCAUACACUCAUAUAAUGGGUGUUGAGUGAAAGAGAUAGAUAUAAGAUAUAAGUUGACUUCAAAAAACUUUGUGACUAUAAAUUUCAAA